UUACGAGCGCAUUGUGUGUGUGCGCUUUGCUGUUGCAAGUCGAAACUUUUUUCCGCCAGUCAUGUUAAAUCGCGCUUCUUUCUAAUCACAUCGGGCACAUGAAAUACUACAUUUAGCUCGUCGCAUAUUUUGUUAGAUCAGCAACUGUUCAUCGAUAUUAUCACAUUUCGGUUCGUUCAAAUUCUAUUAAUCGUGAACGAAUACGAUUAUGAUAUAUAUUUCGGUGCACGUGGGCUAAAAAUCAUCCCUUGUUAAAAUAUAUUAAGAAUUCGUCGGAAAAAAAAUUGAAAAAGUCUGCAUCUUGUUUCUUAACCGUAUAUACUUGAAUACCGGAUUGUGUAUGUGAGAAAACUGGCACUCUUGUGAAUGAUUCAAAAUUCUACAGUGAAACGCUUUGUUCCAGAGAGAAAUGCCGGCGAUAAAACUUUUCGGCAGAAAAUGGUUGACUGCAACCGAUGACUGUGUUUAUCCAGGUCUCUUUGAAGUUUUCAUUCGAAUUGCUUGGUUAGUGCCAAUUGUAAUAACUUGCAUCAAAUAUUACGAAUAUACAUGGAAUUGCCAAUCAGGUGGAGUAUUAGUUCGUGUGUAUCUUCUAGGAGAAGGUUCAUUUCUUAUUAUAUCUAUACUUCUUCUACUUAUUAUCAUAAAAUUGAGCUCAAGAGGAUCUAUCAUGGAAACGCAGGCUCGUAAAUACGUUGAACCAUUUUUGGCAAUUAAGAUAUUAUUAAUUUUACCUGAAAUAGGAUGGAACGUUUUAGGAACAUUAUGGAUGUAUGGAUCAAGCAUCAAAUGUAGUUACGAACAUUAUACGAUGUCGGUUGUACAAACAUUGGUGUUCUUCGAUUGGGUUCUUAUAGGUCUUACUAUUGGCGGCUUAGCAUUGAUUUUCGAUCCGAUAGGCUCAUUAAAUAAGAAAUAUUUAGAAAAUUCAAUGGAACAUGCCAAAAUCUCAAAAACCUGGUUACGAAGAUUGAAAUAUUGCUGGUGGAUAAAGAAUGAUGAGAGCGCUAAAGACACUCUUCAACAUGCUGCUGCUUUGUUAAGCGCUUUAAGUCGUGGAACGGAUUUAAUUCCUUCGGAUGUAAUCGCAGGACUUAUCUUACUAAGAGUUCAAGAAAAGCGAGAGCGUCAUGAAUUACGUCGAAUAAAUUCACUUCCUAUUCCAGUACGUACUUCCGAUGCAGCUGUAAUUUUUAAAAAUAUGCCAAAAUGGAUGUCCUUGGAAAAUGCAGUUCACUACAUGAUGCUUUCAGAGGCCAUUUACGGAUGGCUAUUUAUGUUAUACUUGCAUAAAUGUUCUGGAUGUUUUAAUCUUAUGAAAAAUUUGACUUGUUGCGCAUGUUUUCGAAGAAAACGUAUUCCAAUUAAGGGUGACAAUUGUUGCUAUUGUUACUUAACUGGAGUGAAAUACUUAUCAAAAUUAUCCACUGAUAAUAUUCUAUUUGCAUCAUUUAAAAACAAUUUGUGUGAGAUACCAUUUUUUGUAAUAGCAGAUGAUAAAACGAAUAAAAUUGUUAUAAUUUUACGAGGCUCUCUCUCGUUGCGUGAUGUAAUAACCGAUAUUACUGCAGAUUCUGCUAUUUUCGAAUGUGAAGGUGUUCCACCAGGUGCUCAGGCACAUAGAGGCAUGAUACAAGGAGCUAAAAUGAUAUUGAGGCAGUUAGAUAAUCACGAAGUUUUAGAACGAGCAUUCAAUAUGUAUCCUCAUUAUGAUUUAUUGAUUACAGGUCAUAGUUUAGGUGCUGGUAUAGGUACACUUUUAGGUUUUUUAUUACGUCAACGAUAUCCAUCUUUGAAAGUUUAUGCAUUUGCUACACCAGCGGGUUUAGUUUCGAGAGAACUUGCUAGAAUAUCGGAAGAAUUCAUUUUCACAAUAGGAGUUGGAGAUGAUUUUGUGAUGAGAUUAAGCGUUGAUAGCAUAGAAAAUUUACGAACACGUUUACUUAUGGUACUUCGUGCUUGUCGAUUACCAAAGUAUAGAGUAGUAUUAAAUGGACUAGGUUACGUUUUAUUUGGUAUUCCUGAAAAAGACCUUGAAAAAAUGUGGAAAUCCAAUAGUGUAAUAAAAACUAUAUCAGGAGAAUCACCUUUACUCAACGAUCGAAAUAUAAAUAGACUAGAGGAAAAUAGAAUAUAUGAACCUGAUUUUACGAAAAGGAGAUUUUCUCAAGUAAGAUUAUAUACAAGUGGUAAAAUACUCCAUAUAACUGAACGCAAUGUUGAUAAAUCAGACAGCAAAAAGAAAAAAUUAAAAAUAAAAGAAAAGAUAUUUGAAAUGCGGUGGGCACAACCAGAAGAAUUUACAGAAUUGAUUGUAAUGCCACGAAUGUUAUUGGAUCAUUUACCAGAAAAUGUAGGAAAAGUUCUUAAUAGGCUGGCAGAACAACAAAAAAAUCUAUCACAAAAUAUUGAUCUUUGAUCUUUAUGAUAAAAUAUGUAUGCAAUGAAAAACAAAUUAUACUAUUGUAUAUUAUACUUUUGAAAUCAUAUAAUUUUUUAUUAAUGAUUUUUUUAUUUUUUUUUUUAGGAAAAUAUAUAUAUAUUUUUAUUUUGUAAUGAUGUUUUGAAUUCUAUUAUAAAGUAAGAAUAUUAUUAUAUAAAUCUCAGGGUAAUGUUAAUAAUAUUUUAUAGUAAUAUAAAAAUGAAAAUUAAAAAUAGUUAAAAUUGUAAAAAAAUAAAUAAGUAAAUAAAUAGAUAAGUUUCACAAA